AUGACUCUGUUCAAAGUGCUAGAUUCAAUUGCUGAGGAAGAAAAUCCGCAAGUCAUGAACGUUGCUGAUGAAUGCCUUAAGACCCUAGCCACUCAUUUUCCUCUACACGUUGUCAUCCGCGCAACGAAACCUAUAAUUGCUCAAGAGAAUGAUCCUCGAGUUGGCCCUGCGUUAAAAAUGUUAACCCGUUUGAUCGAAUCUUUGGAUGCUGAAGAGCUGACAGCCAGGUUACCAGAAAUUGCACCGGGAGUUGUAAACUGCUACUCUAAUCCACAGUCCAGUGUUCGGAAAUCUACAGUAUUCUGCUUGGUGGCGAUGGUGAAUAAAUUGGGCAGAGAGCCAGUGAAUCCAUACUUAUCGUCUUUAUCAAAUAGCAAAGUGAGCGAAGUUCUUAUCCUUACUAUUAUUCAUCAAAUCUUGUCAAGAUCAGUAUGUUCUAGUUAUGAAUGA